AUGUCGUAUCCUUCAUCAUAUGCGAGUGAACAACGGGCCUUUCUUCGUUGUCAUUUCUCUCCAAUAUCAUGCAAACGUAGUUUGUUUGAUUCUGAAAAAAAUCAAAAUCCACCGUCAAUUAUUAACAAAAAUAAUUUUCAAACAUGUAUAAGUCACAAUAAACCUAUUUGGUUUUGUCUUCGUGAUCCAUCACAAUAUACAUUUGAAAAUAUACAUCAAAAUAAUUAA